AUUUAAGCUAAUUGCAGCUGAAAUGUUAUGUUACAUUUGGAAGCUUUGAUGAGAAAAGUUAUUAGACAGAAAGGGAAUUUGGUCACAUUUAGUUGCGGCUAAUUCUUGAAAUGGGUGGAACAAAAAACAAACUGAGUGUCCUUGGUGAGUUAUAAUUUUCAGGAAAUAUUCCUUAGAUACGAAAUGGUUGCUGAAUAUGUAGUAGUACAUGGUUUUGUGUCUUCUCAUUGCUUUUUCUGGCACUUUUUCAAGGUACUCUGUCAUGAUUUGAUGCCAGUUUAAAGCGAUCAACAUCGGAGAUGAAUACCGGUAGAUGAGAUCGUGUGACUCGCCGUGAUCCUAAAAAUGGCGGCUUCCAGUGACGGCGAAGACUUUUUCAUCAAUUCGGAACAUCAAGCGCUCUUGCGUGCGCUGAAAUCGACCGUAGAAGGCCUCCUGGCUACCAGAACCAGCAAUGUUUUCUCCACGUACGGAGGCCUGCCUAGGAUGUACCGGGCAGUGGAAGAUAUACUCCGCAACGGACUGAAGGAAAGGCGUGGAUUAUUUGGAAACGUCACCGAUUAUUGGGCAUUCAUAAAGGGUCUGCGGUGGCUGCACCCGACCCUUGCACCGGCUCUGGAGAAGGCGAGCCGCUUUUCUGAUGCACAGGAACAGGAGGAAGCCGACCCGGGCCGGGCCUGGCUCAGGAAAAGCUUGGAAAACCACAACUUGGCAACCCAACUGAAAGUCUUGACCGACAACAAGGACCAUUUGCGAAAGUGUUAUGAAGACACAAGUUUCCUAUGUAACCAAAGAUGUGUAGCUGCCAUGUUGCUGUGUCUGCAAGCUGUAGAGCAGAAUAACCCAGCCAUCCUAGCACAGAUCGAUCCCACAUUACUCACAGUCGCAACAACGGAUCACAGAAACAUCUAUGUCCGUAGUGCCUCCCUCCCUGCCAGCAUUGGACGUGAGUCCAACCACAACGUCAACCUACCCUUAUUUUCCCCUCCGAGGGAAAAGGAAUUUGUUCAUGUAACAACUACAGCAGAACAUGCAACUCCUAUCAGCAGUAACAUCGGACUCAGUUCAGAUGGCAAGUCAGCAGCGCGGAACGUUCUUAUGUCUAUUCUUGAGGGAAAGAAGACUGAUAGUACCGACGUCAUAAACAUUAACAAAAUGUCACCAAACUCCUGCAGCAGUCAACUGGGGAUUGCAUAUAACAGGAAUGAUGACAUAGCUGAUUUGGCAUUCAGCCCAGUGGUGGACAGCCCGUUGUCAGUAAGAAAAGUGAGCAGUGACAGUGCUUUGUUACUGGGAAGAAUGGUGUGUCAGUGCAAUACUGAAAUAGGGAGAGACGAUCUGUUGAAUGCAAAUGUGAACAGCUUUGGUGACAGUACUUACAAUGUGUGCCAGAGAUGUGGUUUGGUUCAGCAGACACCGGACAAGACUGUUCCUGCUGUGAGAAAGGAACUGUCAAGAGUUGAAGAGAAUGGAAAUGAUGAAGAAGACAUUGGUAUAACUAUAAAGCCACAUCAUACAGAACCCAUGGAUAUUUCGCCAGUAGGGAAUCCCCCAAGUACUCCAAAGAAGACACAUGGCAGGUCCAAGUCAGAUGCAAACCUUCAGGCAUUGAAGAAGGUGCCGAAACAGAAGACAGAAGAUGCUGUUGAGGAAGAGACAGCCAGUCUGCUGUCCAGCUCCUUACCUGCACGAGUGGAGGCCAUGGAGAAGGCCAUGGAAAACAAGAAGCAUGAAGACGACAAGGACGAAACUGACUCGGGCGUGGCAGGAGUCACAGACAGUACCUACAUCUCAAGACCAAUGGAGGGGGAGUUCCUGAUGACGUACCUGUCAGCCCAGGACUUCCGCACAUGCCCAGACCUGGACAAGGAGAACGCACACUUUAGCAUCUCUGAAGCAUUGAUUGCGGCCAUCGAACAGAUCAGAUGUACCCAGGUUCCAAGAAGGCUGUCAGAAGAUGAAGAAGAGGAUGCUUCAGAUGAAGAGAUCCAGAACCUGAAGCAUCAGAUUCGCGUGCGUCGGCGGGAGCGGCUGCACAAGCGUGCCCAGUUCCCUGCCUUUAACAGUGACGGUACCUCCAUCACCACCAGCGGGGACACCGAACCCUUCAGCUCACCUCCAGGCUCUACAGUAGUGUCGGACUCGUGCCCAUCCAGCGAGGAGGAUGACAGUCACCGUCAGACCAACAUCAAUGACUCCUCCAUCUCCCAGACCGUCCACUCCUCCUUCUCCGAGUCAGAGAGUCGCAGUGCCUCCCUGAACCCGACCAGCGACAGAAGCGGCUCCAUGACAGACUCCUCCUUUUAUGGUGCCACCAGUGACUGCACGUCUGCCGAGGCUGUAGCCAUCUCCCUCCUAAAGAAGUUUUCCCACAACCAGCUUCCCAAGGCCUCGGACCUGGAGUGGCUGGUGUCCGAGCAGGACGUCCCCCAGGCCCUGCUGCCCAUGCCCACCAGUCUGCCCGUGUCACCUGACGAGGGGGAGAAUUCCGACCUGGUCAGCACCCUGACCAAAAGGACCCGUCUCCGUGGGAACCUCCAGUGGGCCCCGCCCCGGGCACAAGUCGUCUUCAACAUCCACCCUCCCCCCAAGAGGAAGAUAAUCCUUGCAAAGCAGAGUUAUAUGUGUGCCGGCUGUGGCACCAAAGUUGAGCCUGGGUUCAUGAAGAGGUUUCGGUACUGUGAGUACCUAGGUAAGUACUUCUGCCAGUGCUGCCACACCAAUGCCUCCUCUAUGAUUCCUGGUAAGAUCAUCCACAAGUGGGACUUCAGGAAGUAUUACGUCUCCAACUUCUCCCUCGAUUUAAUCAACAAGAUGCACACUGAGCCUCUCUUUAACAUAUCAGACAUAAACCCUGCACUGUACAGAAAGGUGCGUGCCUUGGACGCUGUGAGGGACGUUCGGCAACAGCUGUAUCAUCUCCGCAAUUUCCUCCGCACCUGUCGUCUAGGACAGAACCUGUACUCCGAGUUUAAAAAACUCCCAGAUCACCUGACCCAUGACCCCCACGUUUUCUCCAUCAGCGAUCUGCUUCAAGUGAAGAAUGGGGAGUUGAUUGGUCCACUGAAGGACUUUGUCGAGGAUGCAGUAACCCAUGUGAAACAGUGUGAGUUGUGCCAGGCUAAAGGGUUUUACUGCGAGGUGUGUGGGAACGACACAGACAUCAUCUUCCCCUUUGAGGUGCAGAAGUGUACCCAGUGUGCCUUGUGCGGGUCCUGUUACCACAGGGGGUGUUUCCACAAUGGGAACUGCCCCAAGUGUGCCAGGAUAAGGGCCAGGAGAGAGCAGCUUGCCCAGGCCAAGCCCAGUGUGUCCGAUAGCUCUGAUGAAGGACAAGAAUGAGAAUUCUGCAAAAUAAUCUAGAUGCAGACUUUUGAAUGCUGUGAAGGCUUUGUAGCUUACAUGUCAGUGACACUACUGGUGACAAGUCCUUCACAGUCUGUAUGUGCUGUAGACUUUGAUCAAGAUUUCUUUGAUCAAGAUUUCUUUGCCUGUGUCUUUGCAAGGAGGUUCCAUAGAACCUCGUUGAUCUUUGUCAGUCAAAUAUAGACUUUAAAGCUGUGUUGUGGAAACAUGCAAUGAAAUGCAAGAGAGAAUUUUUCAUCCAGACAGGGUAGCCAGAAGAUUGCCAUACCUCACUUAGUUAUUAACUGCUUUGUGGAAUAGUGCAAGCUAACCUCGAGCUUUAUGUGGUUGUGUUCAGAAAGCCAAACUGAGCUCCCUUGCAUAUAAGACACAUUUAGUAUGUAUGGUAUAAGAUUCAAAUUUUGUGUUAAUAUUUAUCAUCAUGACGACAUAUGAAUGAGAUGAAGUAUUGAUAUAGGAAAGUUUGUGACUAUGUAUUUCAGCGCUUUUUAUAGUGAGCGCAUUUCUCCAUUAAUUUUUCUCCAAAUCUACCAUGAAGUAUUAGUAAGAGCCUAUGUUAGAGUAAGUAUGAGUGGCAACUUGAUGUUUUAAGGCUGUAAAUUAAGAAAAUAAUAUGGUCUUCGGUGAAAUGGCUGUAAGUAGGCGCAUAAUUUUCUUGAAAGGGACAGAGCUACUUUUAUGUAGGGGCUGAAGAAUAAGAUCAAAGUCUUUAACUUGUGUACUUAUAUGGUAUGAUAUAUGCACAAAGAAACAUGGCAAAGAUUCUAGUUGCUUAUUUGGACCAAAUGGAUAAAAAAUUGAUGCUGCAAUUAUGAGUGAUGAAACCAAGAGAUAACCCUGUAAUAUCAAACUGCAGUUAGGUGAAACAACAGUUAAAUGUGUCUGAAACCAAUAAAGAGACACUUUACCUCCAAGAAUGGAGAUUUAAAAGAAACUAUAUCUAAGCAAAAGUAUGAUAAGUUCCAACCACUGUGCCAAAAUACUGUGAUAUCAAAAGUGUAUAAUUUGUAAAAAAAAAUGCUUAAAGCUGAGGUGCCUUUUAGCUGGAUACAAUCCCUGCUUAUUACGCUGCUUGGUCUCUGCAAGGAGGUUGUAUGCUCCUUGGUGCUAGUAAUA